CAUUAUUAGUUAUUAUACAUUAUUGUCACGGUGUCUGUAAUGUAUUAUUUAUUUUUAUGAAUGCAUAACAACAUUUUUUAGGUAGCUUAUUGUGAUGUUUUGCGAUUGUGAACAGGUUGUUUUCUUGUCCGGAACUAUAGACAUCACACAUUUGUUGUAGCUGUACCUUUUGAAAGCGUGACAUUUCUUGAUAGAUUGCAAAAGCACUGUGUUUUGAAGGACAUUUUAAUGUCUUUUUUAAAAUAUAUUCGGUGUUAAAUACGUUUAGUAUUAUUCUCCUGUAUAUAACAAGUCUUCCGGUGUUUCACUGUUUCAUUUUUAUGUCACAGCCAUAACAAAAAACGGACAUAUCUUCACCCAGGCUUCUUUCAAGCAAUGUUCCUCCACAAUGGUUCACCUGGAACUUAGUUUCAUCCACAGGAAGAAUCUUGGAAGAUAACCAGACAUUAAAAAUGCAUGUUGGGACAUUUUACACAUUUAACAGGAUGAUUUGGGGAAGGUAUUUAUUAUUAACUGCGAGGCUCCAGAACUACAGAUGCAGAGUGAGUUAUCACACGAAGAGACAUUACAGCUUUCUACCAGAUGAUGUCAAAUCACUGCGAGCCGUUGUCAACCCUGAUGUGUCCAAGAUCCGGAACAUCGGCAUUAUGGCCCACAUCGAUGCAGGGAAGACAACAACCACAGAGAGAAUGCUUUAUUACUCUGGAUACACACGGGCUCUAGGAGACGUAGACGAUGGAGACACUGUCACAGAUUUUAUGGCUCAAGAGAGGGAACGUGGCAUCACCAUACAGUCGGCAGCGGUCACGUUUGAUUGGAAGAGCCACAGAAUAAACCUUAUAGACACGCCAGGUCAUGUCGACUUCACUCUCGAGGUGGAGCGGGCGCUUCGUGUUCUAGAUGGGGCCGUUGCAGUAUUUGAUGCCUCUGCUGGUGUUGAGGCUCAGACUCUGACCGUGUGGAGACAGGCAGAGAAGCACCACAUUCCCUGUCUUUGUUUCCUGAAUAAGAUGGAUAAACCUGCAGCCAGCUUGAGUUUUUCCAUGGAGAGCAUUCGACAGAAGCUGAAAGCCAAUCCAGUCCUCCUGCAGAUUCCCGUAGGCAGUGGCAGGGACUUCACAGGUGUGGUUGAUCUGAUAACCAGCCAGAAGCUAAUAUGGAAGCUAAGCUCUGCAGGAGGUGAUGGGCGGCUAUUUGAAAGUGCACCUCUUAACCAGUCUGAUGAGCCUGAUCUCCUGCAGGAAGUCAGUGAGGCAAGGGCAGCUUUAAUUGAACAGGUUGCUGAUAUGGACGACGAGUUUGCGGAGCUGUUGUUGACUGAUUUUAGUGACAAUUUCGAUGCAGUUCCUUCUGUCAAACUACAAGAGGCUGUGCGUCGGGUGACUCUUGCCCGUAAAGGCGUCCCUGUUUUCUGUGGGAGUUCUUUGAAAAACAAAGGUGUUCAGCCUCUUUUAGAUGCCAUCAUCUCUUACCUGCCUGCACCUAAUGAACGACACCACGAUCUAGUGCGGUGGUACAAGGAUGACUUAUGUGCUCUGGCCUUCAAGGUUCUCCAUGACAAGCAGCGUGGUCCUCUGGUGUUUCUCAGGAUUUACUCUGGUACUCUGAAACCACAGACUGCCGUCCACAACAUCAACAGGAACAGCAUAGAGAGAAUGAGCAGGCUGCUGGUGCCGUUUGCUGAUCAGAAUGUAGAAAUCCCAUCGAUGACUGCAGGAAACAUUGCACUGACUGUAGGACUGAAGCAGACAGUCACAGGGGACACCAUUGUCUCAUCCAAGGCUUCAGCUGCAGCUGCGGCUCGCCGAGCUCACACUGACAGUGGCGUGGAGAAGAAGCAUGGGGAACAUGCAACUGUGGUGCUUUCAGGAGUGGAGGUCCCUGAUCCUGUCUUCUUCUGCACUAUAGAACCUCCCACCAUGGCCAAACAGGCUGAUCUUGAGAACGCACUUAACUGCCUCCAGAGAGAAGAUCCCAGUCUUAAAGUGAGGGUUGACCCCGACUCUGGCCAGACCAUUUUGUGUGGGAUGGGAGAGCUGCACAUCGAGAUCAUUCAUGAUCGAAUCAGAAGAGAGUACGGCAUCGAGACUCACCUAGGACCACUGCAGGUGGCUUACAGGGAGACUGUUCUCCACAAGGCCACAGCUACAGAUACUCUGGACCGGACAUUUGGGGAGAGGAGACAUGUUGUGACAGUGGAGCUGGAGGUCAGACCUGUGGACACGACGGCUGGUUUGUGCGACGUAGCUUUCACAGAAGAAGCUGGGGGACAACUAUCGCGAGAAAUGAAAGGGGCGGUGGAGAAUGGAAUGCACAGCUCAUACCUUCAGGGUCCACUGCUUGGAUAUCCCUUACAGGGUGUAACUACACUGAUCCAGAGUGUCCACAUGGAGCCAGGAACAUCUCCAGCCAUGGUGUCUGCCUGCGUGUCCCGCUGCAUGCUUAAGGCUCUGAGGUUAGCAGGAGGGCAGGUGCUGGAGCCAGUGAUGUCACUGGAGGUAACGGUUGGGGAGGGAUACCUCGGCUCCGUGCUGGGAGACUUGGCCCAAAGACGAGGUACCGUCAGAGACAUUCAGAGUCGUCAUGACGACAAGGUGCUGUUAGCAACUGUGCCCUUGGCAGAAAUGAUGGGCUACUCCACCGUCCUGCGAACACUGACAUCUGGAAAUGCCACUUUCUCUCUGGAGCUGGACAUGUAUGAGACCAUGAAUGUCCAUGACCAGAACAUCCUGCUUAAAAGAAUGGCUGGCCUGUUGUGAUUCAUGGACAGGGCUGGAAUGGCACCGGCAGCCAUUUGAGACGGAGGCAUUGCUUCUACCCAAACAGACUUUACUUGGAUAGCAGACCUGACUGCAAGUGUAAUUCCACUGUAAUAUCCACAACUGGACAAAAUAUGCAGAUUGCUUCAUU